GUCAGUCCUACACUUUCAUUUUGCUUGGAGCAACUGUCAUCCCAACUAUCCUUUCAAAAUCCCUGACGGCUGGGCCAGCUGGGAGAAGGCGCUGAAAAAAGAAUGCCAGCGUGUCUCUCCCCCUGCUUGCACCUUAAAUAUCUUCCAUGUAGUUCACAGGGUUUAAUUUUAGAUCAUGUGUGAAGCAAACCACUUCUAGCUUGCUCAUCCAAGUCAGAGGCUCCCCAGUUUGCUCUGUACUUAGGCAAAGAUUGGACAGGAAUUAUUACAUCUCUUGAUAUCAGGGGAAAGAAAACACAGAUUGACAUGUCCAACAUUAAAGAUCUCGAGGAUCUCGAUGAAGAGGACAUCGAUGAAGAUGAAAUCCUGGCAAUGCUCUCUCCCGAGGAGCUCAAGGAACUCCAAAGUGAGAUGGAUGUAAUCAUUGCCCCAGAUGAGCGUGUACCCGUUGGACAAAGACAGAGGGACCAGACGGAGAAACCUCCAACAGGAACAUUUGACCACAGACAACUUGUCGACUACCUCUACUGGGAGAAAGAGUCCAAACGUAUGCUAGAUGAAGAAAGAGUGCCCGCGACUUUGCUGCCCAGUGAGAAAACUUUACAAGAAGAGGCUGAAAAGAAAGAAAUCAAAGAAAACACGGAUGACGUUCAGUAUGAGGUCUACGAGGUAAUAGAGGAAAUCAUUGAGGGAGAUAUUGAUGACUGUGGCGAUGGGGUAGAAAUCAUAGAGGAAAUAAUUGAGGAAAUAAUCGAGGAAGACGACGAGAGCUUUGAAAAAGACAAAGGGAUUGAACUGAAAUAUGAGGAAGAUGUGAGGCCACUCGUCCAAAAGGAAUCUGAAAACAAGGAAGAGCCUCCUGAGCCCCCACCCACAGUAGAACAAGUAGCAGGAGAUGAUACAGUGAACGACAAGCCAAAAGACGAGCUAUCAAAUGAUGACAACAAGGACAAAUUUACAAAUGCAGGCCCCUUACCUCCUCAAGAGGCCUCAGAGGUGCUGGAGACGCAAGAAAGUAAUGAGAUCCUCCCACAAAGAGAACAGAUAAAAGUCAACAAACUGAAAAUUCCAAAGUUGGCACUGAAUAACAUAAAAAUGACAUCAAGGCCUUCGGGGAAUGAGACGAAUCUGGAGUCGACCCUUGACAAGAUCCGUAACAACAACCCCUCCGUCACAGAGGUAAAUCUCAACAACAUCGAAAACAUUCCGAAAGAGAUGCUUUUGGACUAUGUCAACGCCCUGAAGAAGAACAAGCACGUGAAAAUGUUUAGCAUAGCCAACACCGGCGUCGACGAAAACCUUGCUUUCAGCCUGGCCAACAUGUUGAGAGAGAAUCGCAGCAUUACGACUUUAAACAUCGAGUCCAAUUUCAUUACCGGCAAGGGCAUCGUUGCCAUCAUCCGCUGCCUCCAGUUCAAUGAGACUCUGACGGAGCUUCGUUUUCACAACCAAAGACACAUGCUGGGUCACCAUUCAGAGAUGGAGAUCUCCCGCUUGCUCAAGGCCAACAACACCCUCCUGAAGAUGGGCUACCACUUCGAGCUGCCAGGUCCCAGGAUGGUGGUGACAAAUUUACUAACCAGGAAUCUGGACCGCCAGAGGCAGCUGAGAAAGGAGGAGCAGAAGCAGCAGCAGCAAAAGGAGCAGAGGGAGCUAAUGCAGAUGUAUGAAACCAGCCUGAAUCUGCCCCCCGGCUUACUGGAGAGGCUGGGGUACAUACCUCCUCUUGAACUCCUUCAGGAGCAUGGGCUUGUCCCACCCUCGAUGGAGCUAAACGCUCUGCCCGAGAUGCUCCAAAGAGAGCAACCAGAACCACAGAAGAAACCCAAACACAACGGUAUUCCCAAACAAUCCAACAAAGAGCCAGCAAACCCACUUAAAGACAUCCAGUUAAAGAGGACGCCUAAGAAGCGGGAUCCGUUUCUGGAUCUGACAGAUGACAGGAGACCCGAGAGGGCAAGUUUCCAGUUGAGGAAAACUCCCAGAGUGAGGGAUGCAGAUACUGGAGAGGGUACAGAGGAAAAAGCUAACCUGACCGAUGUAAUAAAGACUUUGAAACCUGUGCCUCGCAGACGAUUGCCUCCUAAGGUUGACAUUACGCCUCGUGAUCAGCUCCUAAACCAGAUCAAAAAGAGCAACGUGGCGUAUCUCAAAUCCGUACCACUCCCGAAAGUCCUGGAAUCGAGCGAAACAAGCCUCUUCUGACACACAACUUCAGCCCUUUACCCACCAUGCGUGUUGUUUAUCUUGUGCAUACUUCAUAUAUGUGUCUGCCAAUAUUUACAGAAAAAACUUCUGAGUGCACUAUGUAAUCUACACACAAGAGGAAUUUUGGUUUCCUCUUUCCGUAGCUGUGUAAGCACACUACAUGUUAAUGAUGUAAUGAUGAAAAAAAAAAUUAUACAUAUGUUGAAAGACAUCCUGACACUGCAUUAAAUUAAUAUGGAAACAUA